GAAAUCGUGUGCUGUAGCUGUGCCACAAACUCAAGAACUGGGUGCCAUGCAUUUUGCUCAAGCAGUAUAAGACAAAGAGCAAGUUUCAGAUACGCCCUGCUAAUAGUACUCAGCUCAAAUAAUCUGGAGUCCCAUAUGGAGUUUAAAUUGCAGUGUGAAUUGGAGGAUAAUGUAACAUUGCUGAAGGGCCCAACAGUUCUUUGUAUGGUAACUUGUAUGUUUGUCAACAAAACAGAAGAAUUAGGCAACCAAUUGAAAUCAACGGUGGUCGAAGCAACCACAAAUAAUCAGUUGAUUUGGUUUGUAGGUGGAAUCCCAAAAGACAUCUGCCAGCUUCCCUUUGAGGGACCUUGUAUUGGGGACAUUUUUUUCAAUUUUUUUUAUGUGGCUUCCAGUUGGCAAGGUAUCCAGUCUUUGCACAUUGACGACUUUGUUCAUUGUGGAAAAGAUCAGAUUUUAUUACUCUUUGAGACUUCUAAUACAGAGGAUAUUUUUGAGAACUAUACAUUCAUGGACAAGGUCUGGCAGCAAGUGGUGGAUGACAGCUGGGUUGUAGGAGUUAAGCUGACAGAAUCUGCUUGCUUAUCACUGGAUGAUGUGAGUUUGUCGUUAUUGAUGGAUCAAGACAUCUACACAGCCCCUGCAGUCAUUCAGUCACAGAGUAAUGUGCUCCAAUUCAGCAAGUCCCCUUUCUCCGGCUCAUUUCCCCAGUGUCAGACAGAACCGCUAGCUAAAAAGAUGAGACUGGCAUCAGAGAAGUGGGGGAGAUUCAGGCACCGCUAUAUUGAAAAGUCAUGUUCAGAAUUUCACAGGAGUCAGACACAAACUGUUACCACUGUGACAGACCUGUCACCGCUGCUAGCUUUCAGUAACCUUAAUUGUUCUGUGAUGCUGCAUGCCACAAUAAACACAAUUCACAAAGACAGCCCGAGAACAGGCGCGCCAGUAGUUUUCCAGUGCAGUAGUUUCUUUUCUCUUGAAGUACUACCCCAAACUCUUCAGCAACAGCAAACUUGCUACAGGUAACGUUAACAUUUACAUGGCACAACUCGGUGCAUUUAA